AUGGAUCCUGGGGCGAAUUCCCCUCAGAAGCAGGAUAAAGAGAAUUUAGUGGGCAUCAGCAGUAAAGGGCUUGGUGUAUGUGGCUGGAUCCUGUUUUCCCUUUCUUUGCUGCUGAUGAUCAUUACCUUCCCCAUCUCCAUAUGGAUGUGCUUGAAGAUCAUUAAGGAGUAUGAACGUGCUGUUGUAUUCCGACUGGGACGCAUCCAAGCUGACAAAGCCAGAGGGCCAGGUUUGAUCCUGGUCCUGCCCUGCAUAGAUGUCUUUGUCAAAGUUGAUCUCCGAACUAUUACUUGCAACAUUCCUCCACAAGAGAUCCUCACCAGAGACUCCGUGACUACGCAAGUGGACGGAGUCGUCUAUUACAGAAUCUAUAGCGCUGUGUCUGCCGUGGCUAAUGUCAACGAUGUCCACCAAGCCACGUUUCUGCUGGCUCAGACUACCCUGAGGAACGUCUUAGGGACACAGACCCUGUCCCAAAUUUUAGCCGGCCGAGAGGAGAUUGCCCAUAGCAUCCAGACCUUACUUGAUGAUGCCACCGAGCUGUGGGGGAUCCGGGUGGCACGAGUGGAAAUCAAAGAUGUCCGGAUUCCGGUGCAGCUACAGCGGUCCAUGGCUGCGGAGGCCGAGGCCACCCGGGAAGCCAGGGCCAGGGUCGUUGCCGCAGAAGGGGAAAUGAAUGCUUCCAAGUCUCUGAAGUCAGCCUCCAUGGUGCUGGCCGAGUCCCCAGUAGCCCUCCAGCUGCGUUACCUGCAAACCCUCACCACCGUGGCCACCGAGAAGAAUUCCACCAUCGUCUUCCCUCUGCCCAUGAAUAUCCUGGAGGGCAUCGGUGGUGUCAGCUACAAUAACCAUGAGAAGGCUACGAACAGAGCCUGA